AUGACAAGAGGGAGGCACGUGGUGAUGUCUUGUUGUUGCUGGUGCUGCGACGGCCUUGGCGGUGCCGGUUCCUCAAGUGCUGGUGCUGGGGGUGUUGUUACUGGUGCGACCGGGGGCAGUGUUGUCGUUAGCGGUGACGCCAAUAACACAGGCGGCGGUGGACUUGGUAUCGCUUCCGGUCUUUCGGCGAUGCUAUCGUUGGUUGUCGUCGCGGUGGCAAUCACAACGGGCGAGUGGCUUCUGACGGAGGAGAGACUUCCAAAAACUUCGACGAACACUUCCGUGGAGCCUGACAGUAAAGUUACCUACAGUGGUCUGUGGAGGGUCUGCGUUGCCAUAAGUUCCCGGAUGGAAUACGAGUGCUCGAGCAUCGACUAUUUCCCGAACGAGGAGUACAGUCCAGAUCCGAGCGAUUCAACCAUGGCAAUACCAUAUGCAGUUACCAAGUCGGCGAUGUUCUUUCUCGCUGCAACAUCGCUGCUGGUCGUGGCCGAAGUUUGUUACUUCACUGCUCACGUUACUCACCCGAGACACCGACUCUGCGUCUUUGUCGCCGGCGUGGUCUUCAUAGUUUCCGGUUUACUAAUGCUGGUGGGAAUGGUGAUGUACAUAUCUGUGUUCAAAGCUGAAGUUGGUAGUAAACUUAGGUCAAGGUCGUCGUUUCAGGGACCACCCUUUACCUACAGGUACGGAUUCUCAUUUCUGCUGUACGUGAGUGGUUUCAUCACGACCGAGGUCGCUGGCACUUACGCCAUUUUCUUGUAUAUUUCUUGGCACCAGAGGGAACUGGUACGAAGAGAUUCCAGGCGAAAAAAUUACGGGGGUGUGUAUCAUUUAGAAAAUCACCACGUACACCAUGGGAAUCACGCGACCAUUGGUCACAGUGGGUUUCUGUGCGAAAGGCAUCAGAAAAGAUAUUUCUUCGGCAGGGAUUCAGUGGACCAUGUCGACUUCGACGAAUUCCUGCCGCCUCCGCCGAAUUUGGACUAUCAUGAUUAUUCUAGGCAAUUUCCAAGGGAUCUCACCACUCAAACGGUCAGCACGACGGCCGACGUUCUACAGGAAGAGGAAGAAGAAUAUAGUCCAAGUGUUCACCAUGAGUUCGUGACUUUCGAUCUUGAUGAACCUCUACCACCGCCGCCACCAGUCAGAGGUAGCGAAUGGACUUUCGACACACUGAGGAAAACUACUCCUGUCUGAUACACCGUCAGAUACGCGCGGCUGGUGCAAAGCGUCGAGAGCGACGAGGAGGACGAAGCGGAAACCGAGAAGGACGACGACAUAGCCGGCGAUUAAACAGAUCGACUCGAUUCUUUUUAAUGAGAUCCCGCCACGCGAUCGCAAAUAUUUCAUUCGUCGGACUCACGACGACAGGCGGCACAAACGCGGAAGAUGUUUCAAAGAAAGCCACCGGAGAUAUCGAUCGUCGGAUUAUCGAAUUCGCGACUUUAAUCACCGACCCGUUAUCCGAGAAACUGUUCCAACGAACGAUAAUUCCGUUCUGUCUGAACCAUGAGAAAUAAGUGAAUAGAAACACUCGUAUUACCUCAGUAAACAGUGAAGUGCAGCUAUUUCAUUUGACAACUGU